GCCCGGCGUCCUCGCUCCCGGGGCGUCGCCCCGCGUGCGCCGGAGUAGACGAGGCCACCCCCAGCACCGGAAGUGACCCUGGCGGGUUUGCCUUCAAAUUCUCGGCGAGGAGAAGCCGCGCCGGGGCUUGUGACGGUUGAACCCAGCAGUGCUGGGUCCGUGAACGGGGCAGAGGGGUUGGGACUGGGCUGGGCCCUGCUUCCUUGCCGCCUCGAGCCACGCACGGCCCUUCCCCUCCGCCUGGCGGUGGGCGGUUUCCCGAGGAGCCUCGGCAGGCACAGCUUACAAUUGAGCAUGAGUCUUCUCAUGAUUAGUGAGAAUGUAAAAUUGGCUCGUGAGUAUGCAUUGCUGGGGAACUAUGACUCUGCCAUGGUCUAUUACCAGGGAGUUCUUGACCAGAUGAACAAGUAUCUGUAUUCAGUCAAAGAUACCUAUCUCCAGCAGAAAUGGCAACAGGUUUGGCAGGAAAUAAAUGUGGAAGCUAAGCAUGUUAAAGAUAUCAUGAAGACACUGGAGAGCUUUAAACUAGACCACACUCCACUGAAAGCUGCCCAACACGAGCUUCCAGCGUCCGAGGGGGAGGUCUGGUCCCUGCCUGUACCUGUUGAACGAAGGCCCUCGCCAGGACCUAGAAAACGCCAGUCUCCUCAGUACGGUGACCCUAAACCACACAGUAAUCGACCAAAUACAACUGCCAGAGUUCACCGUUCAUCUGCACACAGUCUGCACAACGACAGAGGGAAAGCUGUUCGUUGUCGGGAAAAGAAAGAGCAAAAUAAAGGAAGAGAGGAAAAGAACAAAUCACCUGCUGCAGUUACAGAACCAGAGACAAGUAAAUUUGAUAGUACUGGAUAUGAUAAGGACUUAGUAGAAGCUUUGGAAAGAGAUAUAAUUUCUCAGAAUCCCAAUGUUCGAUGGGACGAUAUUGCUGAUUUAGUGGAAGCUAAAAAGUUGCUCAAGGAAGCCGUGGUGUUACCCAUGUGGAUGCCAGAAUUCUUUAAGGGUAUCAGGAGACCAUGGAAAGGAGUGUUGAUGGUUGGGCCACCCGGCACAGGAAAGACCCUCCUUGCUAAAGCAGUAGCUACGGAAUGCAAGACAACAUUCUUCAAUGUGUCCUCAUCCACUCUGACUUCCAAGUACAGAGGAGAGUCCGAGAAGCUUGUCCGUCUUCUGUUCGAAAUGGCUCGAUUUUACUCCCCGGCUACCAUAUUUAUCGAUGAGAUCGAUUCCAUUUGUAGUCGCAGAGGGACUUCAGAAGAGCACGAGGCAAGCAGGAGGGUGAAAGCAGAGCUGCUGGUUCAGAUGGAUGGUGUUGGGGGUGCUUCUGAAAAUGAUGACCCUUCCAAGAUGGUUAUGGUUCUGGCAGCUACUAACUUUCCCUGGGAUAUUGAUGAGGCAUUAAGACGACGUCUUGAGAAAAGAAUCUAUAUUCCAUUACCAUCAGCAAAAGGCAGGGAGGAGCUGUUACGAAUAAGUCUACGUGAGCUGGAAUUGGCUGAUGAUGUUGACCUUGCAAGUAUAGCAGAAAAUAUGGAAGGUUAUUCGGGUGCGGACAUUACCAACGUGUGCAGGGAUGCGUCCUUGAUGGCAAUGAGAAGGCGUAUUGAAGGUUUGACCCCAGAAGAAAUCAGAAAUCUUUCAAAAGAGGAAAUGCACAUGCCUACAACUAUGGAGGAUUUUGAAAUGGCUUUAAAAAAAGUUUCUAAGUCAGUUUCUGCUGCAGAUAUCGAAAGAUACGAGAAAUGGAUAUUUGAGUUUGGAUCAUGCUAAAUUCUCACAUGUAAACUGUGAGAAACCUGCCUUAAGUGUUUGAAUAAUAAUUAAAUGUAGUAUUUCAUUGCACCGAGUGCUAUAUUUUUUUAAACUUUCGUAAUGGUAAGAUUUUAAAAACGAUUCUGAAUAAAGGCAGUUUUUUAAAGCUGCAAGCAAAUUUGUUUUAUUUUAGUAUAACCCCAUUUCUCUUUCACUGAGCACGUAUGUUGCAGCACAAAUGUGAUUCUUAGCUUGGAAAGCGUCUUUCUACGCACUUCUGUGCACAGCGUCUUCUCUUCCCCUGUGCGUCUGCCGUUCCUUCUAAGGAGUAAGACUGGCUGUAGCACCCUGGGUGUCAGUGGAUAACUGGAAAUUCCCUACCAUUUUUACACAAGUGGCCAGUGACGCAUGAACCACGCCUAGCGCGCCUUCCUGCUUGCCGUUCCAGUGGUUUCCUUCCUCUUCCUGGGAGAGCUUUAAAGCCCCUUCGUUUUACAAUGCACUUAAAAGGAAAAAAAUAUGUAUCUAUAUAUACUUGCUUUUAAUGUAUUUUAAAAAAUUUUUUGUUUAUUUAUUUUUGAUAGAGACAGAGCACAAGUUGGGGAGGGGCAGAGAGAGAAGGAGACACAGAACCUGAAGCAGGCUCCAGGCUCUGAGCCGUCAGCACAGAGCCCAAUGCGGGGCCCGAACUCACAAACCAUGAGAUCAUGACCUGAGCCGAAGUCAGACGCCCAACUGACCGAGCCACCCAGGUGCCCCUUGCUUUUAAUGUUUUUAAGUUUAUUUACUUUUGAGAGAGACUGUGUGAGAGGGGGGUAGGGUAGGGGCAGAGAGAGAGGAAAACAAUCCCCAGCAGGCUCCGCACUGUCACUGCAGGGCCCGACACAAGGCUCCAUCCCACAAACCGUGAGAUCAUGACCUGAGCAGAAAUCAAGAGUUGGACGCUUAACCACCUGAGCCACCCAGGCGCCCCGUGUACACUCUUGCUUGACUUUAUUCUGCCUACCUAUGAGCUGCCCUGUAGGCAAGUAAAUUCUCAUAAGCUUACGCUGCUCACUGUACCCUAAUAAAUGACUCAUUAACCCAUUCGCUCAUGGAUACUGUGCAUAAUUAAAAUAAGUUAAUGGGGGCACUUGGGUGGCUCAGUGGGUUAAAGUCUGCCUCUUGGUUUUGGCUCAGGCCAUCAUGUCGCAGUUGGCAGGACUGAGCCCCGAGCUGGGCUCUGUGUUAGUGGCAUGGAGCCUGCUUGGGAUUGUCUCUCUCCCUCUCUCUCUCUCUUUCUUUCAAAAUAAACACUUUUUU